AUGGGUGGCAUGGGAGAAAUCAAGCUCAAGACCGUGUUCCGCGACAAGAUUCUUCGUGCCGAUCACAAUAAUUUGUUAGGAUCACUUCCGGAAGACAUCUAUAACGCCACCAAACUUGAGGAAUUUGCAUUACCUCUUAAUUCACUAAAUGGAGCCAUUAGUGAAAGAAUUGCCAACCUCGCCAACCUCACAAUCCUUGACUUCUACUUUAAUCAUUUGAGUGGUGUGAUUCCUAUCAAUUUUGGGAAGCUCUCCAAGUUGAAAUUCAUGAAUUUUGACUUCAACAGCUUAGAGGGUAGUUUGCCUCCAUCUUUGAUAAGAUGCACAAACCUCCUAGAAAUACAUUUGGGAUUCAACUACUUGGAAGGAGACCUCACCACACUUAAUUUCUCCAAACUCAGCCACCUUAGUAAACUUGACCUAGUUGGGAAUAAUUUCACCGGUAUCUUGCUGAUAAGCCUUUACUCAUGCAAGUCCUUAAAAGCAAUUCGGUUGAGUGGAAAUUGUUAUCUAGAAGGAAAAAUACACUCUGAGAUUCUUUCAUUGGAAUCCUUGUCCUUCCUUUCUCUUGCUCAUGCACGAUUGACUAAUAUCACAGGGACAAUGAAGAUAUUAAUGGGUUGCAAAAGUCUUCACACAUUCUUCCUUAUCGGUUCGUUUGACCGCGAGGCAAUGCCAACUGAUGAUGGCAUAGUGGAUUUUCACAGUUUCCAAAAUCUUUUUUUCUUGAGUUUGGUUAAGUGUGGGCUUGCUAGUCAGAUACCCGAUUGGUUAUCAAACCUAAAGAAUCUAGAGAUCUUAUUUCUGGGUAAUAAUCAAAUCACAGGGUCAAUUCCAAGUUGGUUGGGGACUCUUCCAAAACUCUUUUAUGUGGAUCUAUCACUCAAUCAGAUUUCAGGUGAAUUUCCUAAAGAACUCUGUAGAUUACCAAUGUUACAGGUGUUGAUGCCAACCAUAUUAGCGGUUGCUUUGACCCGGCACAAGGUUGUAAACGAAAAAAUUGUAGAGAAACCAGGGGUUGCAAUCUGGGACUCUUAUAACUUUAAGGGAUUUCCGUAUGUUUUUCAGUCCAAAAACUAUGGUAGGGUGCAGACGGAGAACCCUCAGUUAUUGCCCUGGAUUUGUCGUUGGGACACCAACUUAAAUCCGUCCCAUCCCAAGCUGAAUAGCAGUCAUUUUUCUCAACAAUCAGUUCUUGUUCAGCAGAUUACUUCAACCGAGGAAGAAAAGAAGGUGCCUUACUGGAACGUCAUGUUUAAUGAUGUUCAAUGA